AUGGGCAAUGGAUAUGAUCAUCACUACAGCAUUCAUCAACAGCAAUUCCACCAGAAAAGCAAAUUCUUGCCAAUCUUCUGCCGCUUAUCCAUCAAAGACGUGAAAUUAAACAACCACUACAAAGAUCCAACAACAGCCGACGAGCCCUCCUCCCCAACAGUCAGUUGCGUGGGCCAAGUCAAAAGAAACAACCGCGUCACCGGCUUUCCGGCCACCAACACCACGACCUCGGCCGCCGCCAACCACCACCAUAAACACAUCAAGCUCAAAAACCUCUUUUCCGGCAAAACCCUCUUGCCAAAUACCAAUACGAUUAAUGCCAGCACCACCGUGACAGCCGCCGGCAGAAGAAGUAGUGGAAGCAGAAGCUGCAGAACUAGCAGGGAUAUGUUCGUGAAUAGUUCAAGAAGAUCAAGGUUGAAGACCUAUUGUGAUCAUAGUGGUGAUCAAGACUGUGUUAAGGUGGUGGAUAUUAGUGAAAUGGAUCCACCGUUGCCGGUGGUGAAGAGGGUGGCGCCGCCGGGGGCAGGCCGCGAUGAGGUGAAUAUUUGGAAGAGACGGUUUAAUGGGGUGGAGCUGAAAAGCUUGAAAAUUGAACAGAUUCAUUUGCCAAACAGUAAAUUUGAACCACCGCUGACAACGGUAUGA